CCCUAUAAGCCCCGCCCCCUACCUCCAUCCCCGCGUACUUCCGGGUGGGGGCGGGGCGGAGCCGCCAUGGCCGCGCUGUACGGCGGCGUGGAGGGGGGGGGCACCCACUCCCACGCCGUGCUGGUGGGCGCCGAUGGCCGCGUCCUGGCCGAGACCGAGGGGCCCUGCACCAACCAUUGGCUGGUGGGCACAGAGCUGUGCGCGGAGCGGAUCCAGGCCAUGGUGGAGGAGGCGAAGCGCCGUGCAGGGCUGGGCCCCGCUGUGCCGCUGCGCGCCCUGGGGCUGUCGCUGAGUGGGGGUGACGAGGAGGCCGCGCUCACAGCGCUGCUGGCGGAGCUGCGCCGGCGCUGCCCGGAGCUGAGCCACAGCUUCUGCGUCAGCAGCGACGCCAAGGGAGCCAUGGCCACCGCCACCGACCGUGGUGGCAUCGUGCUGAUCGCCGGCACCGGUUCCAACUGCCAGCUGGUGAACCCCGAUGGCACGGAGAGCAGCUGCGGUGGUUGGGGUCACAUGCUGGGCGACGAGGGCUCGGCGUAUUGGAUCGCGCACCGGGCGGUGAAGGCUGUGUUUGACAGCAUGGACAACCUGGAGGUGUCACCGCACGACGUCGACUACGUCAAGCAAGCCAUGUUCCAGUACUUCCAGAUCUCCAACAGGAUGGGGCUCCUGCCGCACCUCUACCGCAACUUCCAGAAGGCCGAGUUCGCGGGGUUCUGCCGGAAGGUGGCAGAGGGUGCCCACGCUGGGGACGCGCUGUGCCGCCACGUCUUCCUGCAGGCCGGGGAGGUGCUGGCCCGCCAUGUGCUCGCCGUGCUGCCCCGCGUGGAUGAGAGCCUGUUCCGGGGGGAGCUGGGGCUCCCCAUCGUCUGCGUGGGCUCCGUCUGGAACAGCUGGGAGCUGCUGAGAGAAGCUUGGAACCGUUUCCCCCGUCCUCUCAUCCGGCGCUGCUCUGGAGUCUGUCCCCCUCCUCCUCACAGCCCUGUGGAUUCUGAAGGCCAUCCCAGCUUCCCUGGAGGCUGCACCCCUGCAGCUGCGCAGCCCCAGCCGUAGGAGGAGCCCUGGAGAUGUCAGAGGUUUGGAGCACCUCCCUGCAAGGACACGGGGAGGGAACUGGGGCUCUGCAGCCUGCAGGAGAGAAGACUCCGAGAAGACCUGAUAGUGACCUUCCAGGACCUGAAGGGGGCCGACAGGAAAGCUGUGGGAGGGAUGUUUUAUAAGGGCACGUACUUAAGGACAGCAUGCAAGGACCUUUCCAACCCAGCCAUCCCAUGGCUCUAUCAUCUGUAAGGACCUUUCCAACUCUACCAUCCCAUGGAUCUGUGAUCUGUAAGGACCUUUCCAACCCAACCACCCCAUGGCGAUAUGAUCAGUUAGGACCUUUCCAGCCCAACCCACAUCUCUAUGACCUGUUAGGACCUUUCCAACCCAACCAUUCCACGUCUCUGUGACCUGUUGGGACUUUUCCAACCCAACCCAACCACCCCAUGGUGUUGUGAUCUGUUAGGACCUUUUCAACCCAACCCAACCAUCCCAUGUCUCUUAAGACCUUUCUAACCCAACCAUCCCACGACUCCAUGACCAGUUAGGACCUUUCCAACCCAACCCAACCCAACCGUCCCACGUCUCUGUGAUCUGUAAGGACCUUUCCAAUACAACCCAACCCAACCAUCCCAUGACUCUGUGAUCUACUAGGACCCUUCUAACCCAAUCACCCCAUAUCUCUGUGACCUGUUAGGACCUUUCCAACCCAACCCAACCACCCCAUGAUGAUGUGAUCAGUUAGGACCUUUCCUGCUCAUCCCAACCAUCCCAUGGCUCUCUGAUCUCUUAAAUUUUUUUUCAACCCAACCAGCCCAUGGCUCUGCGAUCUGUAAGGACCUGUAGGGUCUGUUAGGACAUGUAGGGUCCACAAGGACCUGUAGGAUCUGUAAGGACCUGUAGAAUCCGUAAGGAUCUGUAGGAUCCAUUAGGAUCUGUAGGGUCCGUAAGGAUCUGUAGGGUCUGUGAGAACCUGUAGGGUCCGUAAGGUCCUGUAGGAUCUGUAAGGAUCUGUAGGAUCUGUUAGGACCUGUAGGGUUCCUAAGGACCUGUAGGAUCCCUAAGGAUCUGUAGGAUCCAUAUGGACCUGUAGGGUCUGUAAGGUCCUGUAGGGUC